AUGUCCGACUUCAGCCAAUUUCACCACCUGGGCCAGGGAGAGCAGGAUCCCUCGAACCCCAACCGAUCGACGCAGCCCGCACCUCCCCAGUUCUCCCCUCCCAUCGCGGGGCAGCCUCAAUACCAGCAGGGAGCUGCAUACGGAGCCCCUCCCCCGGGACAACAAUACUAUGGCGGCCAACCACCCAUGGCCGGCUCCGCGCCUCCUCAGGGCUCUCCCUAUGGUGCUCCUCAAGGUCAACCGUAUGCGCAGAGCCCGGGCUUCCAAUCCCAGGAGAACCUAGCGGCACAAAUGGGCGGCAUGUCUCUCGGGGAUGGUCACAGCACCCUCAGGAAGAAGAAGAAGGAUCGCCACGCGUAUCACCAGGUCGAGGCGACGGGCUCCUCGCAAGCCUUCAACGGAAUCCCUCCCGCCGGCACCCCCGCUACUAGCUUCCUCAAUGCCGACCCGUCCCAGGCUCAGUACUUCAACCCCCAGAUCACCCCGGCGAUGAACCAGUUCCCGGCUGCUGCUGGCCAGACCUUCUCGCCCGCGAACCCCGCAUCCCAGGCCGAAUUUGCGACGCGGAACGGCGCCGAUGCCGCGGGACCGCCCGCCGUGGUCCAAACCGGCGGCCACCAGAAGCUCUCCCUCGACGACCUCCCGAGUGUUCCCGUUUCCCGCGAUUCCCUCCAACAACACUACUUCUCGAAUGUGUACCCUACCUUUGAGAAACACCUGCCGCCCCCAGCUACGGUUUCCUACGUUGCGUACGACCAAGGCAAUGCCUCGCCCAAAUAUGCGCGCUUGACGUUGAACAGCAUUCCCGCGAAUGCCGAAGGCCUCGCUCUGACCGGUCUGCCGAUGGGAUUGCUACUGCAACCGUUGGCACCCCUGCAGCCCGGCGAGCUCGAAAUUCCUGUGCUCGACUUUGGUGAUGCUGGUCCCCCGAGGUGUCGCCGAUGCAGAGCUUACAUCAACCCAUUCAUGAUGUUCCGAUCUGGCGGCAACAAGUUUGUCUGCAACCUCUGCACAUAUCCCAACGAGACGCCCUCCGAAUACUUCUCUGCCCUCACUCCCCAGGGCGUAAGAGUAGAUCGCGAUCAACGACCUGAGCUUACGAGGGGCACGGUCGAGUUCGUUGUGCCAAAGGAGUACUGGACCAAGGAGCCUACAGGCCUGCGCUGGCUGUUUGUGAUUGAUGUCACCCAGGAGUCCUUCAACAAGGGUUUUAUCGAGUCCUUCUGCGAAGGUAUUCUUGCCGCGCUGUACGGUGGCGAGGACGCCGAGCGUGAUGAGAAUGGCGAACCCAAGCGCAUAAUCCCCGAGGGCUCAAAGGUCGGAUUCGUGACGUACGACAAGGAUAUUCACUUCUACAAUGUCAACCCUUCUCUGGACCAAGCUCAAAUGAUGAUCAUGCCGGAUCUCGAGGACCCCUUUGUUCCCCUGAGCGACGGCCUCUUCGUUGACCCCUAUGAAUCCAAGGAUGUUAUCAUGUCCUUGCUCACCAUGCUGCCCACCAUGUUCUCCAACAUCAAGAACCCUGAACCUGCAUUGCUCGCCACCCUUAACUCGGCUGUCGCUGCCUUGGAGAAGACGGGAGGAAAGAUCGUUUGCUCUCUUGCUGCACUUCCCACAUGGGGCCCGGGCCGCCUGUUCUUGAGAGACGACGGGAAGCACCCCGGCGGUGAGAUCGACAAGAAGCUAUUCUCCACCGAGCAUCCGGCGUGGAAGAAGGUCGCAGAGAAGAUGGUCGCCAGCGGCAUCGGCGCCGACUUCUUCCUGGCUUCCCCGUCUGGUGGGUACCUCGACAUCGCAACCGUUGGUCACGUCGCCGCCUCAACAGGCGGUGAAACUUUCUACUACCCGAACUUCAUCGGCGCUCGCGAUAACACCAAGUUGUCAAUGGAGAUCAAGCACGCAGUAACGCGCCAAACCGGCUUCCAGGCACUGAUGAAGGUGCGCUGCUCAAACGGACUGCAGAUCAACGGCUACCACGGCAAUUUCAUUCACCACACAUUUGGCGCCGACCUCGAAAUCGGUGUCAUCGAUGCCGACAAGGCCAUGGGCGUCACAUUUUCCUACGACGGCAAGCUCGACUCGAAGCUCGAUGCGCACUUCCAGUCUGCGCUGCUCUACACCACAGCAUCCGGCCAGCGCAGGGUACGCUGCUCCAACAUCAUCGCGAGUGUCUGCGACAACCCGCGAGACUCCGUCAAGUUCACUGACCAAGAUGCCGUGGUUGCCAUCCUUGCCAAGGAGGCAAGCACAAAACUGGCCACGACCUCGGCGAGUCUGAAGGAUGUCCGUAACCACCUCACCGAGAGGACAAUCGACAUCCUCUCUUGCUACCGCAAGAACUUCCUUACCGCAGCCCAACCAGAUGGCCAGCUGGUCAUGCCAGAGAGGCUUAAGGAGUUGUCCAUGUACAUGCUCGGCCUCAUCAAGUGCCGCGCCUUCAAGGGCGGCAACGAGAGCUCCGACCGCAGAGUACACGAGAUGCGCAUGAUCCGCUCCAUGGGCGCCAUGGAGCUCAGCCUGUACCUGUACCCCCGCAUGAUUCCCCUCCACAACCUCGCCCCCGAAGACGGCUUCCCCGACGAGUCGGGCCACCUGAAGGUGCCCCCCGCGAUCCGGACGUCCUUCUCCCGCGUGGAGCCCGGCGGCGUCUACCUCGUCGACAACGGCCAGCAGUGCCUGCUCUGGUUCCACGCGCAGACGUCGCCGAACCUCAUCGCCGACCUCUUCGGCGAGGACAAGACCACCCUGCAGAGCCUCGACGCCUACACCUCGUCGCUGCCGCUGCUCCAGACGCAUCUGAACGCCCAGGUCCGCAACAUCGUCGAGUUCCUCAAGACGAUGCGCGGCUCCAAGGGCUUGGGCAUCCAGCUCGCGAGACAGGGCAUCGACGGCGCCGAGUACGAGUUCGCGCGCAUGCUGGUCGAGGACAGGAACAACGAGGCCCAGAGCUACGUCGACUGGCUCGUGCACCUUCACAGGAGUGUUCAGCUCGAGCUGUCCGGCCAGAGGAAGAGAGACGACCCGUUGACGGACGCCAACGCCCUGGCGGGCUUCGCCGGCCUGAGGCCUAAUUACUGGUAG